AUGCACAUACUCAAACAGAAGCUCAUGGCUGUCACGGAGUAUAUUCCUCCAGCCCGGGUCAUCCCACCUGGAGCCUAUCCACCCCAAAGCAAACAAGUCCAGGAGGAUAGUGCCUUCAUGGUGGUCAUGAAGAGGAAUUUGAAGAACGUGUUCCAGGACUCUAAGAUGGUCGCUGUGGUCCAGGACAACGCCAGUAACGCUGAAGACAUGAUGGUGCUCAAGCACAGACUUCAUAAACAUGGCAUCAGUGUCAAGUUCUUCCCCAACCAGGUGGUUCGGUCGUUCAUUAAAGACGGUCUUUUCUCCAACAUGGCUCCUCUGUUCAUCGGUCCUACAGUUCUGUUUGUUAGUGAAGAGCCUAAAGUGAAGGAGAUGCUGUCGACUCUAAGGGCCAGCCCACAGAUGACGCUCCUCGGAGCCUGUAUAGACAACGCACUGCUGAGCGCUCAGGGCGUGGUGAGCUACUCCAAACUGCCGUCGGUGUCUGUCGUCCAGGGCGAACUGGUGAGCGGGCUGACGAUGCUCACCUCCCACACGGUCUCCUUGCUGCAGCGCCACCCGGCCCACCUGUCGGCCCUCCUCCAGCAGUACGUCAAGCAGCAGAGCUCGGAGGGAGCUCCCAAAGCAGAGGAGGCCACGUAG